GAGUGAAUGUGGAGUUGUGUGGUGGCACAUCCCAAACCGUGUCGCAGCAAUGGCGGUCCCCGCGGCUCAACUCCUCAUUCUCGCUUCAGUUCUGUGAAUGGACAUGGUGCCGGUGCUCUCACUUCCUCUGCGCCAUGCGUCACAGAUGCAGGGUUCAAGGGGGAGGGGCAGGGGCAGGGUUGAGCUCCUGUCCAUCUUCCUUCUUCGUCUAAGAGUCUCAGUGACCUAGCCGAAGAUAUUCUCUAAAAUCUAGCUUUUUCAGUCUAAUCUCAGUCUUAACAGCCAAAUGCUUCGACCGAACAAGGUAUUGCCUUUGAUCAAGGCAAGUCAGCGAUCAUGGAUUCUAGCUGGUACUUCUGCGGGGUCUCGUAAUAGUGAUGGCACAUGUCAUCCACAUGGCUUCAGUAAUGCAGAUGAGAGGGACGAACAUUCUAAGAGGAUCCCUCCUGUAUCUCCUCCUCUAUCCCACCUUGGAAAUGGAGUCCAUGUAUUGGGACAUCCUUCUCUCCACCCUAGUGGAAACCCACAUCUACACAACGUCCCUGUACCAGGAACCUUCGUUCGGGAUACUGUUGUCGAAGGGCAUGCCUCAGAAGGUGCUGUGAAUGGACAGCAUGGGAAGACGAGCUCUAAUGUUGGUGGCUCUCGUGCCGCAAUUAACUCCGAUCCGCAACCUACACCGAAAGUUGGCUUUGCAGCACUCCCAAGCUUAUCUAAUGUGGAGAAUGUGGUAACGGCUGCUGCCGGGGGUAGGAGCGUUAACAAUUACCGUUUGCGACGACAGCAGUCGAAUUCAUCUUCUUCUCGAAGCAGCUCAACUGUUGCAGCUGAGAAGGAAGUGAGAAAUCCUCUUCCUGCUCAGAAUGAGAGUGAUGGUCCCCAAACUUCUGUAAAUCAAGGAAUUGCUGUUGUCUCAAGUGCAGGCGAUUCCCAGAAGAAGUCCAGUAAUGACGAAGCAUUUAAAUCAGGCUGGCAGUCGCGCGGUGUCCAGUCUAAGCCUUCAGCCUUUCCCUCUUCUCCGGUGCGGCCAUGGGGGCAACCUUGCAACCCCCUCGGAAAUGCCCCAUCUGUUUCACUGUCACGGCAUCUGUCAGUUGGAGCUACUGGUGACAUUCCAGGGGAUGGGUUACCUGUGCCUCGAUCAAGUACCAAAGAGCGCUUCCAAGCUGCUUCUCAAGGCCGAACUGGACAGAACUCAAACGGCCGAUCUCAAUCUGGUAACAGACGGCUGAAUCAUAAAACAGCAUCUGAGUCUCGACCUGCUAAUGGCGAAGUUGUAGAUCAUGUGUGUAACAUUUUGAGGCAGCUCAAUUGGCGGCCGGAUACACUGGUCGCGCUAUCCCGCGUUAACAGGACACUGAGUGCUUUCCACAUCAACGAGGUUCUGAAGCAUCAGAAGGAGUCGGGAUUAGCGUUGAAGUUCUUCGACUGGGCGAAGGAGCAGGAGGGCUACAAGCAUGAUGUGUGCACUUAUACCACAAUGAUAGGCAUCAUGGGUCGUGCCCGGAAUUUUGAGGCUUGUAGCCGGUUGCUUCAGGAGAUGCGGAGAGAGGGCUGCGAGCCAUGUGUUGUAACAUACAAUAGGCUUAUUCAUGCUUAUGGAAGAGCAAAUUUUUUGGGUGAAGCCAUGCGGAUCUUCUAUCAAAUGCAAGAAGAGGGCUGUAGCCCUGACCGCGUCACGUAUUGUACUCUUGUGGACCUCCAUUCCAAAGCUGGUUUUCAUGACAAUGCCAUGGACAUGUAUCAGAAAAUGCAGCAAGCGGGAUUUCAGCCAGACACUUUUACAUACAGUGUCAUAAUUCAUUGCCUUGGCAAGGCUGGCAAAGUUAGCGAAGCUUUGAAGCUUUUCGAGGAGAUGGUAGAGCGUGGGUUUGCACCCAGCCUUGUAACUUAUAAUAUCAUCAUCGAUUUACAAGCUAAAUCCGGCAACUACGUUAUGGCUAUGAAGCUCUACAAUGACAUGCAAGACGCAGGGUUCCACCCCGAUAGAGUAACUUAUAGCAUCAUGAUGGAAGUUUUGGGUCAAAUCGGGCACCUCCAGGAAGCGGAGCUUAUGUUCAACGAAAUGGAACAAGCUGGUUGGGUGCCCGACGCUCCCAUUUACGGCGUUAUGGUGGAUAUGUGGGGCAAGGCCAGAAACGCAGAGCGCGCGCUCGAAUGGUACCAGAAGAUGCUGGACUCCGGACUAACACCCAACGUUCAGAUUUCCAACUCCCUGUUGGGCUCUUACCUGCGCAUGCAGCAAUUUGACCUCGCUUUCGGUGUCAUAGAGACUAUGAAGGCGUGGGGACUGGUUCCCACUCUACAAACACACACGAUUCUUUUAAGCUCUUGCACAGCAAGUGCACAGCACCACCAGGUAGUCAACCUCAUGCACAGAUCCUCAGAGACUGUCUAUUCUUUCGUGUGUACAUUACUAUUGCGACAGCUUCCCCCCCAGGAGCUGAAACACAUUGUUCAGCAUUUUUUUGAGAGUUUACAUGGGGAGGAGCACGAUUGCAAGAGGGGCUUUACAGAUUCCUUGAUCGAGUUUCUGCACAAUUUGGAACGGAGACCAGAGGCGGGGCUUGUUUGGGAGGUCGGUAGGGAGCAUAAUCUGUAUCCCCAAGCGGUGCGAAUGAAGGCUAAUAACCAGUACUCUAUCAAUCUCCACGUUAUGUCUAUGGGGACGGCGCUCGUGGCGCUAUCCAGAACUCUCUCCGAAUUUAGAGAGAAGAUGUUGUACACUGGAGUAGCGCCGGAGCGGAUUGAGAUUAUUACCGGAUGGGGGAAGCACAGCCGCGUCCCUGGGGCUUCGUUAGUAAGGCAAGCAGUUCAGAAUCUGUUGACUGCCUUGGGGUCCCCAUUUUACGUAGAAAGCUCCAACGUUGGAUGCUUUGUUAGUCAUGGGAAACCCCUUCAGAAUUGGUUGCAUCAACCGCAUGUUGAGCACAUGCUGUUGUUUUAAUGUGGGGAUCCAUAGUAUAGUUGAAUAGAUUUUGUAAGCUUUCAGUUGUGUAGGAUUAACCCCAUUCGUCGAUUGAAAUUCUCAUGUGAUCAAUUGAUGUUCGUCACUUCGAAUAUUUAUAAUUUCUCUCUUCAUAUAUUUCCGACUGCUUGUCAGGA